CAGCAAAUAUUUGUGUGAAUAAAUCAAUGUAAAUUCAGUAAUAAUGACGAAAUCUGAAGUGGACUGUAAAAAGAAAGUAUUUCAGGGACCUUCCCUGUCAUACACCAGCAAUCCUGACUACCGGAAACCCUCAAAGAUUUCUAACCCUUAUCUACAAUGCCUGGGAGCGCCUCAUGUAGACUCGUUCAACUAUAUGUUGGAGGAAGGCUUAGAAAAAGCGGUUGCAGACUUAUAUCCUGUUGAGUUUGAGUUACCAAGCGGAGAGCGAGUAAAGGCUACCAUUGACGAGGCUGGCUUCUGCAAGCCCAGUGUUCCCACCGAUGUGGUGGGGGUGAAGAACCAAAGAGUGCUACCGACAGAAUGCAGACAGCGAGGUGCUACAUACAAGGGAGAAUUCAAGAUCAGAAUCACAAUGACUGUUGAUGGCAAGUCCAUCACUACUGACAAGUCUUUGGGUAACCUGCCUAUCAUGAUAAGGUCAAAGAUGUGUCACUUGGCAGACAUGUCACCGGAGGAGCUCAUACAAGUGAAUGAACAUGGGGAUGAGUGGGGUGGAUACUUUAUCAUAAAGGGCCACGAGCGCCUCGCCCGCAUGCUCCUGGUCACGCGGAGGAACUAUCCGGUGGCGAUCCGGCGCUCCGGCUGGAAGACCCGAGGGAACCUGUUCACCGACUGCGGGGUGCUGAUGCGGUGUGUGAAGGAUGACCAGACUAGCACUAACAAUGUGCUCCACUUCCUCCAAAAUGGCGGCUGCAAGAUCAUGUUCUCGCACCGAAAGAUCAUGUACUACGCGCCUCUACUGCUGAUCAUGAAGUGUCUGGUCGACUACCCUGACCACGAGAUUUAUAAUAUACUGUUGCAGGGGCAUACGGAUGAUUUGUACUAUACUAACUGCGUUCAAAACAUGCUACGCGAGUUGCACGAAGAAAACCUGCACACGUCAGAAGACUGUCUCCUCUACCUCGGUCGUAUGUUCCGACACAAACUAUACGAGCUGCCCCCCUGGACCAGUGACGUGGAGGCCGCUGAUUGGCUGCUGAAGCGCUGUCUGCUUAUACACAUACCGGACUAUACGGAUAAGUUUAACGCGCUGGUUUUCAUGGCGCAGAAGCUGUAUGCGUUGGCUACGGAUAAGUGUAAGGUGGAAGGAGCCGAUGCGGUAAUGGUGCAAGAGAUCCUGGUCGGCGGCCAUCUUUACUUACAAGUGCUGAAAGAAAGACUUCAGGACUUCCUGAACAAUCUGCGUAUUAAUGUGCAGAGGUCCGUUACAGGGACUAAGAAGUUCGUGUUUAAUAUGAAAGAAUUCCAGCAACUCUUGCGCAAGUGCGGCACUCUGGAGGCGCGCAUGGAGUCGUUCCUGUCCACCGGCACCGCGCCCUCCAACAACCUCACGUUGCCGCAGUACAAGGGACUCACCAUCGUGCCCGAGAACAUCAAUAGGAUGCGCUACAUGAGCCACUUCAAAGCAAUCCACCGAGGAGCAUUCUUCAUGGAAAUGCGAACAACAGAAGCGCGUCAGUUGCUGCCAGACGCGUGGGGCUUUGUCUGUCCCGUUCACACUCCCGACGGGGCGCCCUGCGGCCUGCUCAACCAUCUCACUCACACCGCGCAGGUCACACAGCAUGCGGACCCGAAUAUUGUGGCUAAAAUACCCGAGGUGCUACAGGAAUAUGCGGGCAUGGUAUCAAUCCGCCAGUCCAUCCCGGGCUACUCUUACUCAGUCUUUCUGGACGGGCGUCUCGUGGGACGCCUCCCAGAGGCCUCGGCCGCCCGCGCCGUGUGUCACAUGAGAACCUUGAAAAUCAAGGGGGAGAAGUUGCCCAAUAGCACCGAGAUCGUGUUUGUGCCGAAGAAGGAGAUCUGCUCACAAUUCCCGGGCAUCUUCCUCUUCACGACCGAGGGCCGGAUGGUCCGCCCAGUCAUCAAUCUCGCCCACCAAGACGUGGAGCUGGUGGGCGGCAUGGAGCAGCUGCACCUGCUCGUGGCCAUCACCGCGGAGGAGGCCACAGAAACAACUACGCACGUGGAGCUAUCGAAGUCGGCCUUCAUGAGCAAUUUAGCUCAACUGGUGCCCAUGCCGGACUGCAACCAGUCGCCGCGUAACAUGUACCAAUGCCAGAUGGGCAAGCAAACGAUGGGCACGCCCAUCCACACGUGGGCCACCAACGCGGAGACCAAGCUGUACCGCCUGCACACGCCGGCCACGCCCUUGUUCCGACCGGCUCACUAUGAUCGAGUGGCUCUGGAUGACUACCCCAUGGGAACUAAUGCCGUGGUGGCGGUGAUUUCUUACACGGGCUACGACAUGGAAGACGCCAUGAUAAUCAACAAGGCGGCGCAUCAGCGAGGGUUUGCAGCCGGCUCCAUCUACAAGUCUGAAGUGGUGGAUCUGGAGAACCCUUCUUCGUAUUUCUGUAGGGAUCCCGCGGCCACGGACUUACAUCAGUUCCUAGAUGAAGAUGGUUUGCCGCCAGUCGGAGCAGUACUAAAAUUCGAUGACCCAUUCUACAGUUACUACGACGCAGACAAGAGCUCCUUCGUAUUACACAAGUUCAAGUACAAGGAGGCGGCGGCGGUGGACUCGGUGCGGCAGUGCGGCGACUUCAGCGUCAGAGCCGGGAAGAAGGCCAUCAUCAUGAUGAGGAUACAGCGCAACCCAUCAGUAGGCGACAAGUUCGCCUCCCGAGCCGGCCAAAAGGGCAUAUGCUCCCAACUGUGGCCCGCCGAAGACCUGCCCUUCACGGAGGCGGGGCUGGUGCCCGACGUGCUGUUCAACCCGCACGGCUUCCCGUCGCGCAUGACCAUCGCCAUGAUGCUCGAGUGCAUGGCCGGCAAGAGCGCGCCGCUGCACGGACAGGUGCACGACGCAACCCCGUUCCGCUUCAACGAGCAGGACACGGCCGUGGACCACUUCGGGCGGCUGCUGGAGGCCGGCGGGUACAACUACUACGGCACUGAGCGCAUGUACAGUGGAGCGGAUGGCCGAGAAAUGGUGGCUGAUAUCUUCUUCGGUGUGAUCCACUACCAGCGACUCAGACACAUGGUGUCGGACAAAUGGCAGGUGCGGACCACGGGGGCUGUUGAUGCACUGACGAGACAGCCUGUUAAAGGUCGUCGUCGCGGCGGCGGCGUGCGUCUCGGCGAGAUGGAGCGGGACGCGCUCAUCUCGCACGGCGCGUCGUUUGUACUCCAGGACCGCCUGCUGCACUGCUCCGACAAGACCGAGGCGACAAUCUGCACCUCCUGUGGCUCGCUGCUCGGGCCUCUGAUCUCGUGCAGCGCGGGCGCGUGUCGCCUGUGCGGCGCGGCGGCGGCGCGGCAGCUCGCCAUCCCCUACAUAUUCAAGUUCUUCGUCACGCAACUGGCCGCCGUGAACAUCAAUGUGCGGAUACACUGCGAGGGGCAGGCCGCUAUUACUGCUUGAGUGUGCGCCGCUUUUUGGAGGUCGUUUGUAAAAGGAAGCCUGUGGUUGUAAAGAA